AUGUCUUCCAGUUCAAUCAAUCAAAUCAACUUUGGAGCAUCGGGGAAUCACAUUCCUCAGUUGAUUUUAGUACGGUUGGAUGGUUCCAACUAUAUUGUAUGGCGUUUUCAGGUUGAAAAUGCCCUUCUGAGCCAUGAGCUCCUCGGCUAUGUCAAUGGGACAAACCCUUGUCCAUCUCGCUCGAUGACAGAACCCUACACACAAUGGGUUAAGCAGGAUCAUUAUAUUUUCAGCUGGUUGUUAUCCUCUCUAACAAAAACAGCCCUGGCGCAAGUCGUGGGAAGCAAAACUAGCAAGGAUGUUUGGGAAACCCUUAAGAGUCUCUAUUCUCCUCGAGGAAUAGCUAGUUUCAUUGGCCUCAGAAACGAACUCGACGCACUGCGAAAGAAUGAUCUUUCCAUGACCGCCUAUCUGCAAAAACUCAAGGUGCUUGGUGACAAACUCGCCACAAUUGGAGAACCUCUAACAAAUUCACAGCUGAUUCAUCAUGUCCUCAAUGGUAUCAGUCCAGACUAUGAUGCUUUCUCUAUAGCUAUCAUUACUCGCACAGAUGAGUUAUCAUUUGCUAGCUUAUAA